ACCGUCCCCACUCUUUUUCCCCAAUUCAUUUUCCUCAUUUUCACUUUACUCUCUCUCUCUCUCUCUCUCUCUCUCUCUCUCUCUCUCAUACUCUGUGAUUUUUCCUCUGAAACCCUAGCUUCGUUUCCUCUAGAUCCGAGAGAGAAAAUGCGUGAGAUUCUUCACAUCCAGGGAGGCCAAUGCGGCAACCAGAUCGGAGCCAAGUUCUGGGAAGUCGUCUGCGCCGAGCACGGCAUCGACUCCACCGGGAAGUAUAAUGGCGACUCCGAACUCCAACUGGAGAGAAUCAAUGUCUACUACAACGAGGCCAGUUGCGGAAGGUUCGUCCCCAGGGCUGUUCUCAUGGAUCUGGAGCCUGGAACCAUGGACAGCAUCAGAUCUGGUCUCUACGGCCAGAUCUUCCGGCCUGACAACUUCGUCUUCGGCCAAUCCGGCGCUGGAAACAACUGGGCCAAGGGUCACUACACGGAGGGAGCCGAGUUGAUCGACUCUGUUCUCGAUGUCGUUCGUAAGGAGGCCGAGAACUGCGAUUGCCUUCAAGGUUUUCAGGUUUGUCACUCUCUUGGAGGAGGAACCGGAUCUGGUAUGGGUACGCUCUUGAUCUCCAAGAUCCGAGAGGAAUAUCCUGACCGGAUGAUGCUCACUUUCUCGGUGUUCCCGUCGCCGAAGGUGUCCGACACUGUCGUUGAGCCGUAUAAUGCGACCUUGUCUGUUCAUCAACUUGUUGAGAACGCAGACGAGUGCAUGGUUCUAGACAAUGAAGCUCUCUACGACAUUUGCUUCCGUACACUCAAACUCACCACUCCAAGCUUCGGUGAUCUUAACCACUUGAUCUCUGCAACUAUGUCUGGAGUAACAUGCUGUUUGAGAUUUCCUGGACAACUCAACUCUGACCUUCGAAAGCUUGCUGUCAAUCUUAUCCCCUUCCCCCGUCUCCACUUUUUCAUGGUGGGUUUUGCCCCACUUACCUCCCGUGGUUCUCAGCAGUACAGAGCCCUCACUGUCCCUGAGCUUACCCAGCAAAUGUGGGAUGCGAAGAACAUGAUGUGUGCUGCUGACCCCCGGCACGGACGUUACCUCACCGCUUCAGCCAUGUUCAGAGGAAAGAUGAGCACCAAGGAAGUUGAUGAGCAGAUGAUCAAUGUCCAGAACAAGAACUCCUCUUACUUUGUUGAGUGGAUUCCCAACAAUGUUAAGUCCACUGUCUGUGACAUCCCACCCACUGGCUUGAAAAUGGCUUCGACUUUCAUUGGGAACUCCACAUCCAUUCAGGAGAUGUUCCGCCGUGUGAGUGAGCAGUUCACAGCUAUGUUCAGGAGGAAGGCUUUCUUGCACUGGUACACAGGGGAGGGCAUGGAUGAGAUGGAGUUCACCGAGGCUGAAAGCAACAUGAACGAUCUUGUUUCUGAGUACCAGCAGUACCAGGAUGCUACAGCUGAGGAGGAUGAUUACUAUGACGAGGAAGAGGAGGAGGAAGCUCAUGAAGUCUGAAGUUGAUCAAGUUAAAAUUCAUGUGAAAAUUACCGCAACUUCCAGUUGCCGGUCUCUGGCAAGGCGAUGGAUGGUUUUCGGUAGCUUUAGGCCGUAAUUUCAAUUGAAGUUUGCUUUUUUGGUUUGGUGAUAUUUCUAUGUAAAAGACAAAAGAAUGUAGGAUUGUGGAAAGAUUGUUCCCUAUUAUAUCGUCGUAUAAUAUUUCUUCUUCCUACUA